AUGUGGAUGAAGGAGAGGCAGAAAGGGAAGGAGGGGGAGAGGCCAGUAUAAACUGCAGCCUCAGUCACAUUUUCUUUCAGUUCAGACCUCUGAACACAAACUGCUCUCUUGUGUCUGUUGCUGGACCAACUCCGUUAACUCAGCUGAUCUUGCUCUUCCACCCUCCGUCUCAGUCUCUUUUUGUCUGAUACAAACGGGACUGAAACAAACUGUAGACAAAUCGUGAUACACUUGGACUCCUGCAGUUUUCUGAUACAAGUUUCUGCUGCUGCCGGGCCCUCAGGAUCCUCUGAAAGAGGGCGAGUGCCUUGCUCAGAGGCUCCUCCACGACAGCCCAAGGAAGGACUUUAACUUCACAAAACCAUCAUCGAGCCAUCCACUUCUUUUUUUUAAAUCAGGUAUACGUAUCUUUUCCCUGCAGACCGGACACCACACGGAUCAUCAGGAAGGUCUGUGUUGAACUGUAGGUGGUCAUGGCAGACUGGAGCCUGCUGGGAAACUUCCUGGAGGAAGUACAGGAACACUCUACCUCGAUUGGCAAAGUGUGGCUGACCAUCCUGUUCAUCUUCCGUAUUCUGGUUCUGGGAACGGCGGCCGAGUCGUCGUGGGGAGACGAGCAGGAGGAUUUCAACUGUGACACGGAGCAGCCCGGCUGCGAGAACGUCUGUUAUGAUCGAGCGUUCCCUAUAGCACACAUACGAUACUGGGUGCUCCAAAUUGUGUUUGUUUCCACUCCCAGUCUGAUCUACAUGGGCCACGCCAUGCACAACGUCCGCAGAGAUGAGAAGAGGAGAAGCAGGGAGGAGAGUGGAGGAGACGGGGCGGAGGAAGACCCGGGAGGAGGUGAAGGAGAGGGAGGAGGAGGGGGAGAGAAGGAGAGGAGGAAAGAAGAAAAGGACGACGGGAAGGAAAAAGGCGCAGGCUCAUCAGCAGGUCGGGUUCGACUGAGAGGCGGUUUGCUGAAGACAUAUGUGCUCAGUAUACUGAUACGCAGCAUCAUGGAGGUGGUGUUUCUGUGUCUCCAGUACUUCCUGUACGGGAUCUUCCUCAACUCUCUUUAUGUCUGCAAGGCCUGGCCAUGUCCACAUCCGGUCAACUGCUACGUCUCCAGACCUACAGAGAAAAAUGUCUUCAUAGUGUUCAUGUUGGUGGUGUCGGCCGUGUCGUUGGUCCUCAGCGCGCUGGAGCUGUAUCACCUGGCAUGGAGGCACUGCUGCAGGCGUCUCUUCUACAGGAAGGCUGUCACCCCCUCUGACGCCUCAAGAGUUCAACAGCUCUCCUCGUCUCCGCCUCCGCCCUCGACGCCACCUCCAGACUUCAACCAGUGCAUAACGGGCUCCUCGCACUUCCUGCCCUUCCCCAACCACGUGUUGGCCGACCAGCAGAACUCAGAGAACCUGGCCACGGAGAAGAGCAAGAUAGUGGAGGAGGCCAACUUCCUUCAGAGGAACUGCUACUCGCCAGGGUGGCCGAACACCAGAGAGGAUCAUAUCCAAGACGGUGCAUACCUGAGCUCCGACACCAACUGCUACAACCCCGAGAGCAGGGACACGAGAUGCCAUCAGAUCCAGGAGGGAUCGGAUGGGCUGUCGAUGAGGGACAAGCGAAGGUUCAGCAAAACCAGCGGAACCAGCAGCCGAACGAGAGCUGACGAUCUCUCUGUUUAGGAAGAAAGCACAAACAGACGACUCCUUGUUCCCACAGCUGUUGAGUAACAGCUGAAGAGGUUGCACAGAUUUAUGGUGAUUCCCAACUCUUCAAAUUCCUUGUGAACCCUUAUACUUGACAAUACAAUGUCAAAGACUCGAUUAAAGACAGUUUCUGCUUGUCUUAAAUCAAGAAGAUGCAUAAAACUUUUAACAUCAUAGCACUGGAGUGCAGGCGAGUGUAGACAAUUUCCCAAAUAACGGUAACAUGGCCUGCACUUGUGUCUGUUCAACCUUAUUCAGGGUCUAUCAAGCAUUUUACAGUGUUUCUUUCACUUAUACAGCACUUGUAUUGUAUAUUCACUCCAUAUACAGCACUUUUUUGUACUUUGUUUGAACUCAUACCCCAGUGAGCAGACUGGGGGGCAAUACUGGUUUCUAAGGACACAUUAACACAUGAUGGACGGGGCCAUGGAUGUAUCCCAACCAUCCUUGCUGGAGGAAAAGCAACUCUUCCCACUGAAGGACAGCUGCCCACAAAAUACAACUUUUCAUUGUAACAAGAAAAACUACUCCAUUUUUAUGUAAUGACAGGAGACAGGUGUCUUAUAAAAGCUGUCCAUAUGGGAGAAGAAAAACAUGCAAAACAUGUCCCAUGACAUCCUGGAUGUAAAGGCAAAGAAGGAUCUCUAAAAAGCCCAAACUUACUCUGCAAGACGAUAACACACCAAAGUCCACGAACAACUGCUGGAAAUACAUAAAAUACAUCUCAGGCCUCAUCAGACCCAACAAAAAAGCUUGGGUUCAGUCUCAACAUUAUUGAGAAAACAAAGUGUAAUACAUUCUCAGCCUUUAACAAGAAAAGUCUGAUCCAUUAAUUGAUUUUCUUUUAUAUACAUAAAAAAGGAAAAAACUUGAAUGUGUUUCCUCCAGAUGUGUCUUUUCCCCACACCUCCACACCGCAGGACUGUUGCACGGCUGCUACUGCACAGCCAGUGUGGAUGCAAAGGGUCGAAACUUUAGGACUUGCUGAACCUUAAAACUUCAGAGUACAAUCACUACUUUUCAUUUCAAAUAUUUACUUAUUACCUUGCCAUUACAAUAACAUGUGCUACAACUAUGCAACUACAUCUAAUUUACACUGAAGUGAAGUGAAGUGAACUGAAGUUUUGCAGAACUGAGGUUUAUCCCGUCAUUCUAGAACUGAGCCACACGUAUCUGUGACAGUCGAUUUGAAUGUUUUAACUUCUAAAGUUACUAAAACUUUAUAUGGACUGAAUCUGAACUCACUGGUGAACCGGUUGGGAUGUGGACUGUAACAAAGCUCUGAGCUCUUCGACUUUCUGUACCAAAACUGGAGCAGUAAAAUGUUGUGACUGUGCACAAAUAUUUUAUACUUUUUUACUUUGUACCCAAGAGUCUGUUUUCACCCACACUGGAUGGAAACGUCUGUGAAACUGUUUCUUGAAACCUGAUUGUAACUUCACACCUUAUUUCUUGUGUUGUAAAAGAAAAGUUAGAAUUUUUAGUUUGCCGUGAACUAUGACUGUUUCUUUUGUAUUGUUGUAAUUGUAGUAAUGAAACACACCUGGACUAAAAUACUGCUGCACUGAUUUUGGAUUUGGUCUCAGGCUGUGCAGAAACAUGAAAUUACUAGGCAGGUCACACUUUCCAGAUAUUUUAAGGGGAAAUGAAAUAGUUUCAUAUUUAUUAUUCCACAUUAACAAAGCAAAUACAGUAAUUUUGCACCAUGCAAUCAGCAUUUAAAUAACAGAACUUGAAAUGUAUAUGUAUUUAAAGCUUUUAAAAGACAUACUUGGCUCUGUUUAGUCCCAACAAUAAGCAGUAUUCAAAGUUUUUGUUGCUUUUUGCCAUUAUUACUUACCCAGACUGUGAUUACACAGUGAUUGUGAUUGUUGUUUUUAUCACUUUGGCAAAUGUACAUUAAAGUUCAAUCUCAACACUG